CUCUAGCGAUGAAAUACAAAAACUAAGCAACCUCCCAGCAUAGAUUAUUUUAUCUUUUCCUGUACCACAAGAAAAAUAAGACUCAAAAAUGCUGUUAAAUAAUCAUUUUUAGCUACUCAAAGCUCAAAUAUAUUAUCGUUUGCAUAAUUGUAGCAUUCGGUAACGCUAUUUUUCAUAACGAUUCGUUUUAAAUAGAAAUUUGACAUGUUAUACUUUGGUAUAGAUUAUUGGCUUGUAAGUAUCGAACGAUAGAGAAAAAUUUUUACAUGUGAUAUUGGAUAUGUACACACACACACACACAUAUAUGUACAUAUAUAUAACGACAUCAACAACUGUUAUUGUCAUUAGUAUGUGGUGAUUCAUCGUGCGUGCGUGAAAGUAAGACACGACAAUUUCAAUUAAUACUUUCUUUUUUUGGAAAUAGAAGCAAUCGAACCACAGAAACAUAUGCUCUUCGGAUUUUAUUAUAUAAUAGAUAUUCUGAAUAAAAUACGCAUACGGAACAGACAUGAAGAUAUAGAUUCUACAACCAAUUUUAGAACACGUGACUUGUAUAGAAGAUGAAAAUAUCUUAUUACAUUAUUUGCAAUUGAUGUCGAAUAUGAGAGUCCAUGAGAUCAAUGCCAACGUAUCAAAUUAUGCAAAGAUAUCAAUGGAAAAAAUACAUCGUUCUAUUAUUAAAAAACAUAUCGGAAAGAAAAAGGUGCUGAAUUAUUUCUUGAACAAUUAUUUCGAGAUAAUAGACAGAUUUCCCAACGAAUUUGAUACCUACGAUAAUCUAACACUGAUAGGUGAUAUUGUUAUGAAUGUGCAUAACCAGCUGCAACUCAGCAUGAUAAACGUACACGUAAUCCAGAAGUUUUAUCUUUAUAAGCUAUGGACCAAUAGCAUACAUCUGAUCGAAAUACGACGAGAUCAAAUAUUAAGACAGCAAAAGAAGUUUGAAACGUUUUAUGAUUAAUGUUUUAUGAUGAUAAUAACCUAGCUAACGCAUAAUUUCUAUUUCCACAAAUUAUAAUCUAUGAAUAGGCUUUUUUAUAAUAUAUUAUAUAUUCUAUAUAUAUAAUGAGAAGAAUAUUUAUAGCUUUAUAGAUUAUAAAGUAAGGUGUACUUUUUUGUAACUUAUACCAUACAAGAGUCAACACAAGAAAGAAUAAAGUAUGCAAAAAAGCGUGAGUGCUUAAUACAAGUUGUCCGCGGAAACUGUUUUUCCUUAUUUCUCGCCUCAUAACUCUUACACAACGACCUUCAUGUUUCUCUUUAUUUCCGCAUGUUGUGGAUGUCCAAUUAAGAUAAUAACAAUGCGUUAGUAUAUCGAACUGGCGUUGGUCGACAUUGAAGAAGCAACGGAUUGCUUUUCAACAAUGUACACAGGCAACACUGUGUAAUACAGUUUGCGAUCAAGUAUUUCCCAACGACGACACAAGAUGACAUAAUCGUACACAUCGAAAAUGCUGUGAUCGACUGUGUCAUCGUAUUAUUACUUCAUGAGUACCAUCAUUUUUACAUUUGGUACCACUUAUUUUUCGAUAAAAUGGUAUUCCGGCAAAAGGUUACUAUCGAGUUAAUUAUGACAGUCGGAAUUGGCUACUGCUUGCGGAGUAUUUACAGUCUGCCAACUAUACCUGUAAAUCACCUAUACCUGUUCUCAAUCGAGCACAGAUUGUCAACGAUGCAUUUUACUUUACAACAGUUAGGAAAAUGGGACUUCAUGUCUUCUUCGAUGUUAUAAAGUUUCUAAACAAGGAAACUAGCUAUAUAGCAUGGCAUCCAAUGUUUAACAUUUUCUCGUAUAUGUCGACUUUCUUAAAGUUUUCAGUAGCAGAAGCGACGAAGGCAAACUUUCUGGAUAUAUUGAAUGAACUUCUUCGUAAUGUGGGAUACGAAGAAGAUGAAGGCGAAAAUGAAAUGACGAUGCCGUUAAGAUUAUUAGCAAUAAAGUGGGCUUGCGAAUUAGGCCACGAAAAAUGCAGAAAGGCCGCUGCCGAAAAAUUGUUCGCGUAUAUAUACAAUAGUAAACAGAACAUAUUUGCGCGGUGGACAACCUGGAUGUUCUGUACCGGGAUGAUGGACGCAAAUAAGACUCUUUCGAAUCUGAUUUGGCAACAUGGCUUUGAAAAGGGAAAUAUGGAGAUUUUAGAACACUUGACAUGUAUAGAAGAUGAAAAUAUCUUAUUACAUUAUUUGGAUUUGAUAUCGAUUAUGAGACCCAAUGAGAACAAUGCAACAAAGUUGUCAAUUGAAAAAUUAUAUCGUUCUAUUAUUAAGAAACAUAUCGGAAAGAAAAAGGUGCUGAAUUAUUUCUUGAACAAUUAUUUCGAGAUAAUAGACAGAUUUCCUUAUAAUUUUUAUACCCACGAUAAUUUAACUCUAUUAGGUGAUAUCUUUAUGAAUAUACAUAGUGACCUGAUACUCAACAAGAUAAAUAUAUAUGUAACCAAGGAGUCAUUUGGUAAUGAACUAUACAGCAAAGUUAGAAAACUGAUCAAAGCAAAACGAGAACUAUUAUUAAGACAACGGAGGAAGUUUAAAGCGUUCUAUGAUGAUUUCUAGUGAUAAUAACCUAACUGAUGCAUAGCUUUUAUCACUAUUUGUACGAAUUAUAAUCUAUGUGCGGCCUUUUUUUAUAUUGUAUUAUAUAUUAUAUACCAGGUGUAGAAGUAUGAAACCGGAAUUUUUUUAUACAAAUAAGACGUCUGUUGUUCGAAAGUGAUAAAUAAUACUUUAUUC